GGCCAAUUUAUUCACAGGUGAAAUCCUACUUUCGUUUGGAAAGUUCCCAUUCUGACCCUUUCUGGCUACCAUUUAUGACUCUUUGUGGCAAAAGGUUGAGAUUUUAUUGAUUCCCAGCGAGUGGCACUGGCAGACACUGACCAGUCAGAGCGGGGUGGACGCCAACGCUAGUUUUUUUAAUCGACACCCAAACCCCACCAUGAUAAAGGCUUCAUCUUUUCUGCCAUAACAGAACACAACUUUCGUUUGAGGUUCUCCAUUAACGCCACACACGUCGAGUCCAGGAUCUCGAUACUCGAAUUUUGAACCUCUAAAUUAGUGGGAAUUUCACACCCUGAAUCCCACAUUCGUUCCGAAUCUUGAUUGGAACCUUGGAUCGCAAAUCUCAUUCCGCAACAAAAUUCUACAACCAUGAAGUCCGCAUCAAAGCAGGCCCGCGAGGCCAAGAAGCAGGAGAAACUUGCGGCUGCGGCUGCUUCUGGCGACCCAAAAGCCGUCAAGAAGACUGUAGCCUCGAGAUCUAAGGCUGGCAGUAAAGCUGGAAGCGCGGCUGCCAGCACCGAUGUGAGCGACAACGAAGAAUCUGCGACAUCUGCGAAGAAGAUGGACGAAGUCAAGAGACUUGCCGACCAAAUGGACAAGCAUGGUCUCUCUGACCGUGUCACUACUGGUGUGCUCUCCUCUUUGAAGCAGAGUAGAGAUGUCAAAAUCACUUCGGUGUCCCUAGUGUUUCAUGGCCGCGUCCUUCUCAACGAUACAACUAUGGAACUUACAUAUGGGCGCCGAUAUGGAUUGCUUGGAGAAAACGGAUGUGGAAAGUCGACUCUCUUGAAGGCUAUCGAUAAGCGUGAAUAUCCUGUUCCGGACCAUGUCGAUAUCUACCUACUCAACGAAGGUGCCCCACCAAGUGAGCUUGGUGCCCUGGAAUGGGUCGUAAAAGAGGCCGAGAACGAAAUGGAGAGACUGGAUAAGCAAGCUGAGCAAAUUCUGGAGGAUGACGGACCAGAGUCUCCAUUACUCAUGGACCUCUAUGAGCGUAUGGAAACUAUGGAUCCUUCCACCUUCUCUACCCGUGCCUCCCUCAUUCUCACUGGUUUGGGCUUCAACAAGAUCACAAUCCACAAGAAGACCAAGGAUAUGUCUGGUGGUUGGCGUAUGCGUGUGGCGUUGGCAAAGGCUCUCUUCGUCAAGCCUUCCCUCCUCCUGCUCGAUGACCCAACAGCACAUUUGGAUUUGGAGGCAUGCGUGUGGUUGGAAGAAUACCUGAAGAAAUGGGACCGAACCCUGGUGCUCGUUUCUCACUCUAUGGAUUUCCUCAAUGGUGUCUGCACAAACAUGAUUGACAUGCGUCAAAAGCAGCUUCUGUACUAUGGUGGUAACUACGACUCCUAUGCCAAGACCCGAGCUGAGCAGGAGACAAAUCAAAUGAAGGCAUACCAAAAGCAACAAGACGAAAUCGUACACAUCAAGAAGUUCAUUGCUUCAGCUGGUACCUACGCCAAUUUGGUCAGACAAGCCAAGUCCCGCCAAAAGAUCUUGGAUAAAAUGGAGGCCGACGGGUUCAUCCAACCAGUUGAGCAAGAUCGCGUCUUCACAUUCAGAUUCGCCGAUGUGGAGAAGCUUCCUCCUCCAGUUCUGUCGUUUGAUGAUGUCACUUUCUCGUACUCUGGCAACAGCAAGGAUGACCUGUACAGACAUCUUGAUCUCGGUGUGGACAUGGACUCUCGAACAGCCCUUGUUGGCCCCAAUGGUGUCGGUAAAUCAACUCUCCUUCGUCUGAUGACUGGCAAGUUAUCGCCAACUGGCGGUGUUGUGUCCCGACACACUCACUUGAAGAUGGGUGUCUAUUCUCAACACUCCGCUGAACAAUUGGAUCUUACCAAGUCUGCACUUGACUUUGUUAGAGACAAGUAUGCCGAUAAGUCCCAAGACUACCAGUACUGGAGACAACAACUUGGAAAGUACGGUCUUAGCGGAGAUUCCCAAACAGCUUUGAUGGGUACUCUGUCCGAAGGUCAAAAGUCUAGAAUCGUUUUCGCUCUUCUGGCCAUCGAUGGACCCAACAUGCUUCUCCUUGAUGAGCCUACUAACGGUUUGGACAUUCCCACCAUUGACAGUUUGGCGGAUGCUAUCAAUGCCUUUACUGGUGGUGUCGUUGUUGUGUCUCACGAUUUCAGAUUGCUCGACAAGAUUGCCAAGGACAUCAUGGUCUGCGAAAACCAAACAAUCCGCAAAUGGGGUGGAUCAAUCGGCGAGUACAAGAACCACUUGAGGAAGAAGAUGAUGGCCGCUGGUGCUGUCUAGAUUGGACAUUUCCCCUCCUUUCUUACAUCGAAGAUGAGAUUGAAAUCAUAAUCAAGAUGAGAAAAACAAAAAAGUGAUGCAUUUCGGCGAUCUGUACGUGGGUCAUUGCAUAUAUAGCAUGCCUGCAGUGGUUUCAGUGCUGGGUCUUGGUCUAACGACUGGGGAGAAGCAUUACCACUGCAAUUAUGAUAAAUACACGC